CUGAGACUGGAUUGUGGAAUCUCCUAUAUUGUAUCCAGAAGGCUGCCGCGCAUUGCCAUGGUGCUGUCACUCGUUGACAGAGUGGCGCGACUUGAACAGGUGUUCUUGACCGGUGCCUGCCAAGGGGGCUUGCUGCCGCGCGUUGCGAAGCUAGAGGAGCUGUGUUUGGGAUCGCAGUCCAGCAAAACGACCGUGCCGGAACGCCUUCAGCAACUGGAAGCUGUGACCUUUGGGGAGGAGCAGGUGGGAGUGGUUCACCCUCAAGGUCCUGAAGUUUCAGCAGUCGAUUCCACCAUGGAGGUCGGUGUCACUGGUGCGGAGCUCCCAUCGUGUCCGGUGUCCAAACCGGAAGUCUUCGCUUUGCCGCUGGCCAAGCGUCGGCGGUGUAAGGAGCUUCGUGAGGCUUGUAGCUUUCAAUUGGAAGCCAAUGGAAGCAAGGGAGCUGUAGCUAAGAAUCCUGCAGCGUUCCAGACCUAUCCACUGAGGGAAGAACAGUUGAGAUCUUUGGCAUGGAUGUAUUCUCGUGAGCAGAAGAGCUCUGGAUUGAGAGGUGGAUUGUUGGCUGACAAGAUGGGUUAUGGGAAGACAGCCACCAUGAUCGGCAUGCUCUCUGAGAAGCGCAAUGAAUCAGGGCCCCAAGCCCGAGCAGCCCGGAGGAGUCAGAAUGAGAGACCGGAAGGAUUCAUCAAGACCCCGGCGACACUGAUCUUGUGUCCUCCUCACUUGGUGGUCCAAUGGGAGGAUGAGUUUGUCAAGUUCCUUGGAGAUGGCGUGCAGAUCUUCCGGGCGGCUCCACGGCCACCGGCCAACAAACGAAAGCCUCGCAAGCUCCCAGCAAUCACGAUUACAUCAUCCAGUUGGCUCUUCAGAGUUGCAGGACACGUGGUUUCCGAGCUGAGCCGGAGCAUGCAAAAGCACAACCAGGGCUUGCAUCCUGACAAGCAGUUGCAUCUCGGAGAUGAAAUUAUUGGGAUGUCGGUGGAGGAUUCGCCCGGUGCAUGUUCAGCGGUUGCCAAGGGAAACUUUCAGGAAUUCAUGGACAACGAGUUCGUCCAGGGCGCAACCCUCCAUAUCACCGUGAGGCGUGACAGCUCUUCACGGAUUACCUCUGUGAGAGGAGAAGGUCCUUUUCGGAUCUUGACCAUUCAGGACAGCCAAGACCUUUCUCGUUUAAGGCUUCAAGACUUGCUUGGACCGACCCAAAAUGAGGCAGAUGGAGUGGCACCUCUCAGCUGGGAUGCCGUGUUGGUCUCCACUGGUCUUUUGGGUUCACAGAAACAUAGUGAGCGCAUCAGAGAACUCCUUGCUAGUUGGAUCCAAGAUCCCAGACAAAGGCAAAGAGUUCACGGGCCUCGUAUAGGCUUUUCAACAGGGACAAAGACAUACUACCCUUGGAAAGGAGACUGGCCUCACAUGCGGAUGCGUGACAAGCAACAGAAAUUGCGGGAGUGUGUAGAGAAGUGGCAUGAGAAACCUUGCUUUCUGCAGACUGCCUUGUCUGCUACCCCCAUCUUCUUGGAGGUGAUUUGGUGGAAUCGAAUGAUCCUCGAUGAGUUUCAUGAGGCCGAGUCAUGGAACUACCCUGUGAGAGAGGUGAUGAAAUCUCUGGGCGCUACACAUCGCUGGGGCGUGUCAGGCACCCCACCCUUGAACAGCACCGAUGCUGUCCUCGAAGUGGCCGAGCUCCUGUGGUUUGCGAAGGAAGCCGCGGAUGAGAUGGCAGCUCCAGCCAUGAGCCAGGCCAUGAAGUUUCGAAACUCUCAACGGCAGGAAGCACUCAUGUGGUUGCAGCAGAUCUCCAACCAGAAACAAGUUGAAGUGGAAUGCCAAGCCUGGAUUCGAGACUAUGUGAGGCAAAACACAUCUGAAUUGGUGGAGGCCAUUCAAGUCAUCGAACAUGAAGAAUUUGUGGUACAUAGUGCAGAAGAGCGGUUGAUCUAUCGACAAGCCUGCCAUGACCACAACAUCUUUGACUCAGAUUCCUACAGGAAUGCGAGCUUGGAUGACCGUGCAGGGUUGUUAAAACGAUGUGCCCACUUCUGUCUCAACAUGGGUGCAGAAGAUGCCACGGAUGCUGUGCGUCUACUUGGAGCCAGGAAGCGUGCCCGUAUUCAAGCGCUUGAGAGGCAGUUGGAGAUCGAAGCCUCGCGUGCUGCCCAUUUGUCCUGUUGGCUUGUCUGCAAGGAAGGUCUUGUCUCCAAGGCAGUUGGACUUCGACAUCCAAAUGCCAAGGCCUUCAUCCAGAAGAUUCAUGACUCCGGGCCGGAGCUUUUGCAGGACAAGGACCAGAAGUCGCUGGAGAUGCUGUUGGACCUCUUCGAUCGGAACGGAGACUAUCGCUUGCGUCCGGAGGUCCGCUUCCAGCAGCCCUGCCGCGAGGAUGACGUCUAUCCACGCUUGGCUCACCGACACGUGGUUUGGCAUGCGGUGGCGGAUCUGACGAUGCACCAGGGAGCCAAAGAGAUCCUAUCUGAAACGCAAGUGUGCCAACAGGUUUGUUGUGGAGACCGCUUGCCUCAACUACAACAAGCCAUCUCAGCUGGCUUCCAAUCACUUGCUCAGAGCUUGGAUGCUGCCUAUCGCAGCCUUGAUUUCUACACGGGGCAAAUGAAGGGCAUCUCUGAUCCUCAACAAGCCACCUGCUCCAUUUGCAUGGAGGCUACGAGUGAUCUGACCUCUUUGGUGCUGCUGCCAUGCGCACACAUCUUCCACAGGUCAUGCGUGGAGCCCGUACUGCGGGAAAGCCCUUACUGCCCCUACUGCAGGGCUCCCACUCCGAGCCGUGCGCUGUCGUCUGUUUGCCUGGAACUUGAAGCUGGGCCAGGACAAGCUGUCCAGCAAGAGGCCCUUUCUCCAGAGCUUCGCUCGCAGGGCUCCAAGGUACUCGCGAUUGCUCGACGCUUGCAACGGAUCCGCGCGGAGGACCCAGAGGCCAAGGCCAUUGUCUUUGUGCAGUGGCAGGAGCUGGAGCAGAAGGUGGCGCACGCCUUGACGUGCCACGGACUGCCAGCCUGGCAAUUGCCACGCGGGCCCAAUGCCACCAGGGAGAUGGCACAGAAGAUGAAAGACUUCUGUACUUCUAAGGAGUCCUUUGUCUUGCUGCUGUCGCUGGAGCAUGCAGCGUCCGGAUCCAACUUGACGGCAGCGCACCACGUGAUCUUUGUCCAUCCGAUGAAUGCAGACACAUUGAGUUCAGCAGUGGCCUAUGAACAACAGGCAUUGGCUCGAGUUCGACGGGUCGGACAGCUACGCAAGGAAGUCCAUGUGUGGCGCUUUGUGACUCGUGACACGGUGGAAGAGCAUUUGCAUCAGUUGCACCGUGCGCAAGUACCGACUCCCUUGUGCGAUGCUUCCAGAGCUGCCGGGGCAUGAGAGAGGUGUCAGAUGGUGCCAGGAAGGAACAACAGAACAGAUGUUUACUGACAAAAAUGGGGAUUUGAUGGGUCUCGAUGUACUACAGUUACGUGC